AUGCCCUUGUCUGCCCGAGAUUUGAAGGUCUACAGGGCCGAUGAAGCCCAUGACCACAAGCUCCUCAGCGAUGCGGAUAAGCGACGCAUCAUGAGGAAUGCUUUGCCGGAGCUGAGCCAACCCAGAAUAUCGAACAAGUCGGGCGACCAGCAGCGGUCGUCACGUCUAGGCAUCCGCAAGUUUGCCUGGACCCAGGUCCAUGUGUUUGUUUUGACCAUCCUGCACGGGAUCUUCUCGCUCUAUAUUCGGAUUCGCCAGUCAUGGAACAUUGUCUGCUACCAGGUGUCCUCGGUGCUGUACUACCACCACGCCACGCCGCAGUACAUCCAGAGGGAUGUCAUGAACCUGAACAAGAAGCCCAAGCACCUCAGCGCCAUCCUCAAGUCGGAGAACCCGAGGGUGACGGCCGACCUCGACCGGCUGAUCGACGAGACGGCCGAACUAGCUACCUGGUGUGCGUGUGCACACAUUCCCAUGCUGUCUAUAUACGAGAAGACGGGUAUUCUCAAGAAGCACAUGCCCCGCGUCUACGAGGCCACGAUCCAGAAGCUUGCCUUUUACUACGGCGGCGAGCACCCGACUCUCUCGGUCUCGUCCCCCCACAGGGAAGGCUACUCGUCCACGGAUGUUAACAGCACCCUUGGCCACCUGAGACUCCACCUCAUCUCGGCUCAGGACGGGAGGGAGUCGGUCGUCGACCUCACGAGGACGCUGGCCGAGAUGUCACAGAAGGGCAAGCUGUCCCCCAAAGAUAUCACCCUGGAGCUGGUCGAUAACGAGCUGUCCGAGGGGAUAAUGUCCGAGCCGGACCUGCUCAUCCUCUUCGGACCCAACGUCCAGCUCUCUGGGUACCCGCCGUGGCAGAUCCGUCUCACGGAGAUCUUUUGCCUCAAGGAUAAUGAGUCCUUCGGUUACCAAGUCUUUCUCAAGGCUCUGCGUAACUUUGCCAGCGCUCAGAUGAGAAAGGGGAAAUAA